AAUGGCUCUCGGAAUGGACGGUAGUGCGAGGUCAAGCCGAAUUGCCGUGUAUCGUACCCAUGCCUAUGGACAAGACAGACAAGCCACUCUUGGUGCUGUGGUACAAGGAGAGCCAGGCCACCGUGCCCAUAUACAGCUACGACACCCGCAGUGGGCCGUUCGACCAGGGCGUGCGAUGGGCGGACACUGGCUACCUGGGCACGCGGGCGUUCUUCAGGAUCUUGUCCGACCCGCCCACGCUGGUGGUGGAGGACGUGAAAGUAGCGGACCAGGCCGUGUACACUUGCCGGGUCGACUAUAAGAUACGACCUUCGGCAAUCACCAAGGUCAACCUCACUGUUAUAGUGCCCCCUGGCCCCCCACUCAUCCUGAACUCCUCGGGGCACCAGCUGCAGGAGGAGGUUGGGCCGCUAGAGGAAGGGCGCCACACACAGCUCACGUGUCGGUCUGCGGGCGGCUCCCCCACGCCCACGCUCACCUGGUGGCGCGACGGCGAGAGACUCAACCAGGUCGGUCGCUUCAACGGGCUAAGCGUCGAGAGCCGGAUCAGCCUGGAGGCGACCCGUAACCUGCACGGCGCCACACUCACCUGCCAAGCGCUCAACAACAACAUCACUGAACCGUCGUCUACUUCCAUAACCAUCAAAGUCAUGCUACGCCCGAUCUCCGUGGAAAUCGUGGGCGGCGUCGGCACCCUUUCCUCCGGCCGCCCCGUCGAACUGGUCUGUCGCGCCGUUGGGUCGAGGCCGCCCGCGCACAUCACGUGGAUUAAGGGCAACAAACAGGUCACCGAAGUCAGGCAUACGGUGAUGAACGGCGGGAACGUAACGACUGGCUCGAUCAUCCUGGUCCCCUCGCGAACGGACGACGGGAAGCGGCUGACCUGUCGUGCUUCCAACCCCGACAUCCCUCACUCAGUCCUGGAGGAUUCGGUGACCUUGGCUGUGCUGUACAAGCCCGAGGUGGAGCUGGCACUCGGCCCGGCACUCGACCCCGAUGCCAUCAAGCAAGGCGACGAUGUCUACUUCGAGUGCACGAUCCACGCCAACCCCGAAGUGCACCGCGUCUCCUGGUUCCAUAAUGGUGAGCUGCUGGAGACGAACAGGAGCGCCGGACUGCUUAUCUCAGGGACAAGUUUGGUGUUGCAGAAGGUGCGGCGGGAGCGAGCUGGCGUCUACACCUGCGCGGCUCACAACUCCGAAGGGCAGGGCUCCAGCAACGCCGUUUCCUUGAACAUUAUGUUCGCGCCCGUGUGCAGCACCCCGAGCAGGCGGACCCAGGGCGUGGCGCGCAUGGAGAGCGCCAAAGUGGUGUGUCAGGUAGAAGCCUACCCGCCGCAGGUGAACUUCACGUGGCGCUUCAACGGGUCGACGGAGGGGGGCGAGGCCGUGCCCCUGCAGGCCAUCCGCAACAAGGGCACCUCGUCCAUGCUCAACUACACGGCUUCGCUCGAGCAGGACUACGGAACGCUGCUGUGCUGGGCCACCAACCUGAUCGGCGUGCAGCGGGAGCCCUGUGUCAUCCACCUCAUUCCCGCAGGACCACCAGACGCCCCCCGCAACUGCUCCAUCGCCAACCAGACGAGCGAAGCGCUGGUGGUGGAGUGCAGCCCCGGCUUCGACGGAGGCCUCCCGCAGCACUUCCAGAUGGAGGCCUGGGACGAGAACACGCUCCUCUCCAACACGUCCAGUUACGCUCCCGAGUUCGUGGUUCGUGGGUUGGAGGCUGGGAUGGGGGUCACGCUCAAGGUCAGAGCCUCCAACAACAGAGGUCAAAGUGCAACGGUGACCCUUGAGGCAGACAUUAUGAAGGUCGCUGAGAAGAGAAUGGGUCCUCCAGAGGAAGUGUUGGUACCGCCGCCUGGUCCUCACCCACUACGCUCACCGCGCGCGCCCACAGAACCGGCGGCAGAAGAGCGACCCGACGCCCACGCUCACUAACGUCUACGUGGGCGGUGGCCCGGACGAUGAGACGAAGGCAAUGGCGGCAUCCGGCAACCCCGAUGUUGUCAGAAGCACAGGAGGCGAGGACGCAGGCGCCGAGGACCUGUCUGCCGUGGGCGCCACCCGUUGCAUGGAAGCCGUGGCCAUCCUGCAGGGCAACAACGUGGCCAGCGUCGCCACCACACUCCCCAGCGCCCGCAAGGCGAGUCCAGGCCCGCGGCUCGGAAUCUCGGAAAAACUUUGCAUUUAUCGUAGCUGACUGUAUUUCCUAGGAUAUUCACACUAUGCUCUGGUAGUCUGUUCAUAUUGCACACUAGUAGACUUUGACUGUUCAGACUAUGCUCUGAUAGACUGUU